AUGUCAAAAAUGUCCAUUUUGAAGUGCUUUACAGCACUAUUAAGUUUGACUACGGUCCCAGAAUCCGAAUUACAGGCCAAAUAUGAUGCCGCCGUCAAGCGUUGGGAGGCAGCCAAGCAGGCCACAGAGGCUGCCGAUGGGGAAAGGGAUGGGAAAAGUAUGUUGGCAGCACAAAAACGGAGAGGCACCAAGGAAUCUUAUCUUGCUUGUGCGGAGUAUUGGAAGGCGGAGAUUGGUUUUUUGGAAAAGUGUGAACAAGAAUGUGCUGCGGAGUAUGAGAAACACGCAAGCUACGCAAAUUUAAUGAUCCAUCAGUACGGUGUUGAUUCCAAAGUAGCGCAGAUUGCAAGGUACCGCGCAGAACUAACGUACAUGAAGGAGUUUACAUGGGAUUGGACCUCUCCUUAUUGGACAAAGUGGCAUCAGUUGCUAUCCAAAGCCUCUAUGCUGUACAACCAACUCAGGGCGGAAGGCUGUGAUGCAGAAGCAGAUGAGCUUGAUCGGGCAGAAGAUGAAUUUUGUGAUCGUAUAAGCAGCGAAACCAAUAGUGAAGCCUUUCGCGAAGCCUGGAAUGCGGCCGUUGCCGCACUGGAUAAGUGGGAAGAAACAACUAAUCGUGCUGCUUGGGAUGUGGCCAAACUAAAGUACUAUGCCGAACUGAAAAAGUGGAAUGUGUUUAAGCCCAUUGGUGAGCAGUAUGCCGCACUUCUUAUGAAGGAAAUACAAAGAAUAAGCACAGUUGUGGAAUCCCAAUUACAGGUCAAAUAUGAUGCCGCUCUCAAGCGCUGGGAAGCUGCCAAGGAGGCCACAGAAGCUGCAAAGCGUGACAGGGAUGAGAAAAGUAAGUUGGCAGCACAAAUACUGAAAGGUACCAGGGAAUAUCAUCAUGCUUGUGCAGAGUAUUGGAAAGCAGAGUUUAAUUCUUUUGUAAAGUGUGAAGAAGAAUGUACUGCGGAGUAUGAGAAACACGCACGCUACGCCAGUUUGAUACUCCACAAGUAUGGUUCUGAUUGUACAGCAGCGCAGAUUGCAAGGUACCGAGCAGAACUAACCCAAGCAAAGGAUUUUACAUGGGAUUGGACCUCUCCUUAUUGUACAAAGUGGCAUCAGUUGCUAUCCAAAGCCUCUAUGCUGUACAACCAACUCAGGGCGGAAGGCUGUGAUGCAGAAGCAGAUGAGGUUGAUGACGCAACAGAAGACUUUUGUAAUCGUAUAAGCAAUGAAUCCAAUUGUAAAACCUUUCGCAAAGCCCUGGAUGCGGCCGUUGCAGCACUUAAUAGGUGGGAACAAACAGGUGAUCGUGCUGCUUGGGAUAAGGCGAAACUAAAGUACUAUGCCGAAUUGGAAAAAUGGAAUGUGUUUCAUCCCAAGGGCGAUCUAUAUGCUGGAGAGUUUGAGAAUGAAAUGCAAAGAUUAACAGCGAUUGCGGAAUCCCAAUUAAAGGUCAAAUAUGAGGUCGCUUUCCAGCACUGGGAGUCCGCCAAGGAGGCCACAGAAGCUGCAAAGCGGGAAAGGGAUGAGAAAUGUAAGUUGGCAGCACGAAAACCGAAAGGUACCAUUGAAGCUCAUCUCGCUUCUGCAGAGUAUUGGAAAGCAGAGAAUACUUUUUUUGAAAGAUGUGAACAAGAAUGUGUUGCGGAGUAUGAGAAACACGCACGUCACGCCAGUUGGAUGAUCCACCAACACGGUGCUGAUUCCAAAGUAGCGCAGAUUGCAAGGUACCGAGCAGAACUAACCUGCACGAAGGAGAUUGCAUGGGAUUGGUCCUCUCCUUAUUGUACAAAGUGGCAUCAGUUGCUAUCCAAUGCUUUGCAGUUGUACAACCAAUUCAAGUCGGAAGGCUGUGAUGCAGAAGCAGAUGAGCUUGAUGACGCAACAGAUGAUUUUUGUGAUCGUAUAAGCAAUGAAUCCAAUGGUAGAGCCUUUCGCGAAGCCUGGAAUGCGGCUGUUGCAGCACUGGAUAAGUGGGAAGAAACAGAUGAUCGUGCCGAUUGGGAUAAGGCCAAAUCAAAGUAUGAUGCCGACUUGGAAACAUGGAGUGAUUUUAAGCCUAAUGGUGAUGAAUAUGCCGCAGUACUUGAGAAACAAAUGCAAAGAUUAACGACACUCGCGGAAGCCCAAGUAGAGGUCAAAUAUGAUGCCGCCGUCAAGCGCUGGGAGGCUGCCAAGGAGGCCACAGAAGCUGCCAAGCGGGAAAGGGAUGAGAAAAGGAAGCUAGCAAAACAAAAACCGAAGGGCACAAGGGAAUAUCAUCGUGCUUGGGCAGAAUCUUGGGAAUCAGAGAUUGCUUUUUUUGAAAGGUGUGAACAAGAAUGUGCUGCGGAGUGUAAAAAAUGUGAAACUGUCGCAUUUUUAAUGAUCGACCAACACGGUGCUGAUUCCGAUGCAGCGCAGAUCGCAAGGUACCGCGCAGAACUGAUCCAGGCGAAGGAGUAUACAUGGGACGAUCUUUCGCCGUAUUGGAUAAAGUGGAACACGCUCAUGUGCAAAUCUUCGAUGCUGUACUGGCAGCUCAAGGCACUAGGCUGUGAUGCUGUUGCACGUGAGUUUGAGAGGGCAGAACGUGAAUUCCGUGAGCAUAUGAAAACAAGCAAUGGUGACUGUCUUUACCUUACCUGGAGGGCGGCUGUUGCAGCACUGGAUAGGUGGGAAGAGACAGGUGAUCGUACCGCCUGGGAUAAGGCCAAACCAAAGUACGAUACCGAAUGGGAAAAAUGGAAUGUGUUUAAACCUAAGGGUGAGCCAUAUGCCGCAGUGCUUGAGAAUAAAAUGAAAAAAAUAACCACGGCCACAAAAUCUGAAUUACAGGUCAAAUAUGAUGCUGCUGUCAAACGCUGGGAGGCUGCCAAGCAGGCCACUGAAGCUGCCAAGGUGGGAAGGGAUGAGAAAAGGAGGCUAGCGAAACUAAAACCGAAAGAUACGAGGGAAUAUCAUCUUGCUUUGGUAGAAUCUUGGAAGGCAGAGUUUGCUUUUUUCGGGAGGUGUGAACAAGAACAUGCUGCGGAGUGUGAAAAAUGGGAAACCGCCACACAUUUCCUUUCCUAUCAGGACGGUGCUGAUUCCGAUGCAGCGCAGAUCGCAAGGUACCGCGCAGAACUAACCCGGGCGAAGGAGUUUACAUGGGACGACCGCUCGCCGUAUUGGAUAAAGUGGAACAAGCUCAUGUCCAAAUCUUCGCUGCUGUACUGGCAGCUCAAGGCAGAAGGUUGUGAUGCUGUUGCACGUGAGUUUGAGAGGGCAGAACAUGAAUUCCGUGAGCAUAUAAAAACAAGCAAUGGUGACUGCCUUUACCUUACCUGGAGGGCGGCCGUUGCAGCGCUGAAUAGGUGGGAAGAAACAGGUAAUCGUACCGUUUGGGAUAAGGCUAAACAUCGGUACGAUGCUGAAUGGGAACAGUGGAAUGAAUUUAAGCCUAGGGGUGAGCAAUAUGCUGCGGUACUUGAGAAUAGAGUGCAAAGAUUAACCACUCUCACGGAAGCCGAAUUACAGGCCAAAUAUGAUGCCGCUGUCAAGCGCUGGGAGGCUACGCAGAAGAUCAAGGAAGCUGCCAAGGUGGAAAGGGAUGAGAAAAGGAAGCUAGCGAAACAAAAACCGAAAGAUACGAGGGAAUCUCAUUUUUCUUGGGCAGAAUCUUGGAAGGCAGAGAUUACUUUUGUUGAAAUGUGUGAACAAGAAUGUGCCGCGGAGUGUGAAAAAUUGGAAACCGUCGCAAAUUUAAUGUACCACCAGCACGGUGCUGAUUCCGAUGUCGCGGAGAUCGCAAGGUACCGCGCAGAACUAACCCGUACGAAGGAAUUUACAUGGGAGGACCGCUCGCCGUAUUGGAUAAAGUGGAACACGCUGAUGUGCAAAUCUUCGAUGCUGUACUGGCAACUUAAGGAAGCAGGCUGUGAUGCAGUCGCAUCUAAACUUGAGGAGGCAGAACAUGAAUUUCAUGAGCAUAUAAAAACAAGUAAUGGUGACUGUCUUUACCUUACCUGGAGGGCGGCCGUUGCAGCACUGGAUAGGUGGGAAGAGACAGGUAAUCGUACCGCGUGGGAUAAGGCCAAAUCAAAGUACGAUGUCGAGUUUAAAAAUUGGAAUGCGUUUAAGCCUAAAGGUAAGGAAUAUGCCGCAGUGCUUGAGAAUGAAGUUCAAAGGUCAAACGCCUUCGCAGUAUCCGAAUUACAGGUCAAAUAUGAUGCCGCCGUCAAGCGCUGGGAGGCUGCCAAGAAGGUCACGGAAGCUGCCAAGGUGGGAAGGGAUGGGAAAAGGAAGCUAGCAAAACAAAAAUCGGACGACACCAGGGAAUAUCAUCUUGCUUGGGCGGAAUCUUGGAAGGCAGAGAUUACUUUUGUUGAAAGGUGUGAACAAGAAUGUGCCGCGGAGUGUAAAAAAUGGGAAAAUGCCGCAACUUUAAUUAUCCAGCAGCACGGUGCUGAUUGUACAGCAGCGCAGAUCGCAAGGUACCGCGCAGAACUAACCCGGGCGAAGGAGUUUACAUGGGACGGCCGUUCGCCGUAUUGGAUAAAGUGGAACACGCUCAUGUGCAAAUCUUCGAUGCUGUACUGGCAACUCAAGGCAGAAAGUUGUGAUGCUGUUGCACGUGAGCUUGCUGAGGCAGAACAUGAAUUCCGUGAGCAUAUAAAAACAAGUAAUGGCGACUGUCUUUACCUUACCUGGAGUGCGGCCGUUGCAGCACUGGAUGGGUGGGAAGAAACAGGUGAUCGUACCGCUUGGGAUAAGGCCAAAACAAAGUACGAUGUCGAGUUUAAAAAUUGGAAUGCGUUUGAGGCUAAGGGAGAGCAAUAUGAGAAAGAGUUUAAGGCAACGAUUAGUGAAUGCGCCGAAAAUAUUUCAGCGAUGUUUUCCUUCUUGGAUUCCAAUAGCCGGAUCCAGGAACGCGAGGAUAAGUUUGAGCUAAAUGGUAUGGCAAUCCGUGAACUUGAAGAUGAUAUUGGGCAAAAUGGUUUGGAAAUCCUUGAUCUUAAAAAUGAUGUUGAGCAAAAAGGAAAGAAAAUCCUUGAUCUUACAAAUAAUGUUGAGCAAAAGGGCAAGAAAAUCCGUGAAUUGAAGGGUGAAGUGGAGCGAAAGGGCCAGGUGAUCUGUCAACUGCAGGGUCAACUGGAGAAGAAGAGCAAAGAGAUCUGUGAAUUGAAGGGUGAAGUAAAGCAAAAGAACAAGAAGAUCCGUGGGUUGAAAGGAGAAGUGGAGAAAAGAAGUCAGAAGAUCCAUGGAUUGGAGGUUGAAGUAGGUAAAGGGGGCAGGGAGAUUCGUGAAUUGAAGAAUGAAGUGGAUGAAAAGGGCAGGAAAAUCAAGGAACUUGAGACAAAGUGUAAGAAAGGUGCGCUUGGAUCAGAUCGCUUGCAUAGGUCAGCCAAAGAGUCCUCAAGGGUUAGUUCCAGUAUUUCACGGAGUCAGAAACCAACGCUCACACCACGUUCGAGUGGAAGUGACAGGAGUGGUUCAACAAAAUGGGUAUCUGGCACAAGAAGUAGCUCGAGGAGAGAAUCCCCUGAAUCUGCGUCGGGGAAAGGUUCGAGAUCACCGCGGGCCGCCAUACCAGACACUGCUACAACUUUGUCAACUACAUCACGAGUGGGUAGUGGGAGUAGACCUUUGACUCGUGCUGGUGCAAAAUUGAGCGUAAAAAGAAGCACAAGACUAAAUUUAAGUGUGGCCCAUAUGCCGCGAGUAUUGAGAGUGAAAUAA